GUCGUGUUGGCUACGUCCGGACUGGUCAGAUCAACAUAUCAUACUAGCAGCUUUACAUAUCCCUUUCUUCGCUUGUUGGUUUGUUGCACCAGAAAGUUUGCGGUGGCUUGCAGUUCAUGGUAAGCUGGAGGAUGCAGAGAAGGUGGUAGAUCAGAUGGCUCGGUACAACAACAGAGAGAAGCCAGCCAACACUGCCAUUCUCCUGAAGAAACUAUCAGAAGUGGAAAAGAAAGGGCAGGAAUCGGAUCACAAAUAUAACUAUCUUGACAUCUAUCGUCACUGGAAUAUUUGCUGGAAAUCCCUGGUUAUUCAGGUGAUCUGGUGAGUUGACAUUCAGAGACGUUCUUUUCCUUAACUCGAACAUAAUUACAACCCAAAUGCAUGUUUGUUUAUUUCCAUUGUUCCCCACAGGAUGUGCAUGUCCUUCGCGUUUUAUGGAAUUACAUUCGGCGUGGGAAACCUGAUGGGGAACCUUUACCUCAACAUAUUCCUUGUUUCUGUCAUAUCAUUACCUGGACAGGUGAUGGUGUUCUUCCUAAGUAGCAGAAUCGGCAGAAGAUGGACAACGUUCUCGUUUUUCACUGUAGCUACAAUAGGGGCAUUUGGAGUGGCUGUUAUAUCGAGAGUCGCUUCCAGUGACAGCAUCCGUGGACCAGCAACAACAACUAUGACUCUGAUCUGUAGGUUUGGAGUAGCGACAGCCUGGAACUCCUUUACGAUGACCACAAGUGAAACAUACCCGACAGUUAUCAGGAACCUGGGUUAUGGCGCUGCAAACACUGCUGCCCGUGUAGGGAGUAUCGUGUCUCCUUAUGCAUUUGCCAUGGGAGGAGAGGAUUUAUUGCCUCCGUUUGUUAUUGUUGGAUCCACUAUGGUGCUUUGUACAUUAUUAACAGUAUUAUUGCCCGAGACAAAUAAUAUCCCACUUGCGGACACCACAGUAAAGACCUUGGGAAAAGACUUCGAGCUUGGCAGAGCUGUUGAAGAUGUCAGUCAAGAGAAGACAGCGAAAGUCAGCACCUUGGAGAUUUAACAAGGUGCAUCAGUCUUCAAUACUACAUUACAGUGACCUCUGAUGUAUCAAAGAUAAACUUACCAACUUAAACAAUGUAUGAAGUCUUCCUGAGUGAGUCUUCAGAAGAAGGCAUGGACCCUCUUCAAGUCCUGCUCCAUAGAAUGAGUAAGGGUAUCGGCAAAAACUUGCAAUGAUUAAUUCCAUCUGGUAUCUCCAAAUUGAGACACGCGAAUAUACCAAUACACCUUUGUUCGGUCAAACUUGAUGACGUACUUAGUUUGACCAAUUCUGUCGACACGGUCGUUUACUUUUGGUAUUGGGUAAGUGGCAGUGGUUCAUGUCUGUAUGCAUGUAACCAUCAACAUUCUUAGACCCCCAGAUUAGAGUUUGUACUACAGUCACAAUGACAAUGACAGACAUGGUUAAUAUGACAUCAGAAGAAUGUAAUCUCGCUCUUGAUGUUUUUGUGUAAAUUACUGUGACCUUAUCCUGAGAAACCCCAAGAUUCAUGACAAUAUGCAUAAGAUUUAACCUGAGUUAUGGCUGACAGAUGCAUUGCCUUUCGGGAAAGAUCUGCCGUGAAAUUGGAGCGCUCAUCUGAGUUUAUAGUCUUAGGCAAACCAAACAGAGUUAAGAAUUUUACUUGAGCCCUAAUUUUCAGUACGUGAAUAUCCCGUAGAAACAUUGUGGAAGCACAUAGAUUUACAAAUUGAUUACCUGACCUUGGUUUAGGCAAAGGACAAUCACAAUCAAUGAUGACCCUGCUAAAAGUUUCUGGAAUGCCUUUUUUCUUGAGCAGUUUGACAACAAUCUGGCAUUAAUGUCAGGCCUUAGGAAUUUCAGCAACAUCAAGUUGGCAAAUUGGGCCAGAAGUAAUGGAACAGAAUUCUGUCACAAAUUUUGUUCACACCCAAAUAACCAGGCAUGAACCUUUCAUGUGCCGAAAUCAUAAAUUGUUUUUGCUAUUAAUUUGAGAGUACAAUCUGGAUAUUUUCCCAUUUACUAUGGGCAGGUCGAUCUGAAUGAACCCAUUCCUCAUCAAAACACUAUCCUUAAAAUAGCGGCGAACUGGAUCCCUAUCAGAUCUGCGUAAAGCCCCAGCCCUACUGGAAAGAACUUUGGGAUCCAGGUCUUCUCCCCUUGAGAACUAAUCCCUCACCAGUCAAUUUGUCAAAGUUUAGAGUACUUUCUCUAGAAAUGUAUACAGGUCAAACGAUUGAUCAACAAAAGAGUCAGUCAUCCUAAUUCAGAUCAUGGUCCGAAAAUGAAAAUAGCUCUAUCAGUUUGUAUCGCUUGUUCAACACAGCACUCAGCACUUUUGUCGGCUGUAUAACUAGUUUAGACCAAACAGUCCAGUGAUAGCUUUGUUGUGUUAGUACCUACACCGAAAGGUCGCACUCAUUGCAAUAAAGAAGUUGACUAUC